UUGUAUCCGAUAGAAUCUUCUUAAUCUUGUGGGAUAUAAAAUGCAUUCCUAUAACAUUAAAAACCCCAAUCUUUCAGUCGAAUUAAUACACGAGAUUGUUAAUUUUCUUCCAUUUGAUAUCAAGUGGGAGGAUUUUCGAGUCUCUUUAAUUUUCGAUUAUUUACUUUUAAAAAAUCAGCGUCAUUUUAUUAUUCUUUCCAAAUGUGUGAAAAAAAUUAUCAACAUCCUUACACAAAUAAGACAACAAUAUAGUGCGUUCUCAGUUUCUGUUGGUAUGGGCAAUCUGACUUACGAGACUCUUAAUACCAUUAAUGACAGAACCAACUACUCUUUCCAUUUUUUGAAAUUGAUAACGACAACAAUAUUAAAAUAUAAUUUCAAUUAUUUGGCUCAAAUUGACAACUACUCCUGGCCGCCAUCUUAUUUUCCUUUUGCUGUCAUACAAGUGGUAUCAUUAUAUUUUAUUUUAUAA